UGCUCGUGAAUAUUGUUUCAUUCAUAAUUAAGGUGUUGGCAGCAUGAGUGAGAAAUCCAGUAAUCCAUAUGAUAUGGAUAGUCCAAGUUUUGACUCGGAUCGGUAUUUACAGAAACUUUUAAAGGAAUGCUCCCUGAAACAAAUCAUGGAUACCGAAGCGGCUAUCGUCCGGCAGACGCAAACCUUGCACAGCGACAUGCAAACGUUGGUGUACGAAAACUAUAACAAAUUUAUCUCCGCCACCGAUACAAUCCGGAAGAUGAAAACCGACUUCAAGAGCAUGGAAACGGAGAUGAACCUAUUGGUGGCGAACAUGGCCUCGAUAACCGAUUGCAGCGAAAAGAUUACGGACACGCUGCAGGAGACUCGAACGCAGUUGACGCGCCUGUCUGGCAAACACCAGCUGCUGAAGAAGUUGCAGUUUCUGUCUUCGCUUCCGGCCAAGUUGAAAACGCUGAUCGAGGAGGGUAACUACCAGCAGGCGGUACAGGAGUAUUCGCAUGCGCAGAAAGUGCUACAGCAGUACGGCAAUCAGCCGUCCUUUCAAGGGAUUCAAGAGGAUUGUGUAAAGAUUUUGGAGGAUUUGAAGCGACUGCUGAAGCAGGAGUUCCAGAAGACGGGGAAGACGGCCCAAUCGUUGACGGAGAUUGGGGAGCUGCUGCUGCAGCUGGAUGAGAAACCAUCGGCGUUAGCCAAGGAGAUGUUAGAGUAUGCGACGAAGAGGUUACACGAGCAGCUGGUUAUGCUGCAGGAUCAGACGGAUCGGGACAUGAUCGAAUUCAUCGAUCUUGGAAUUGAGGGGUUCUUGAACGAUUUGACGUUGGUGAUUAGCUCUUACAAUGACAUGUUCUUGGCGAAACACAUCGAGCAGGAAGUGGACGAUUUCGAAAUUAUUGCUCGGAUGGAUCUGAACGAUUUUGUCAACAGGAAUAUCGAUGAGUACUUGGCUCUGGUACAGGAUCGAGCCGAAGUUGAAAUCGGUCACGGUGAUUCGCAGAUCAUUUUAAGAGGACUAGACCGACUACACCGCCGUUUGACGGCAAUGAAAUCGCUUUGUCGGUCGUUGGACAUGACCAAAUCUGGAAUUGAUAUCAUAGUCAAUGCUGCUUACCAGCUAUGCAAGUCUCAUAUGAAGUCCCUGAAGGAUCACUUUUCGGACAACCUCAGUUCGAUUCGAUUGACAUUGGUUUCCGCGAAGUCCGACACUUCCUCGUCGUCUUCAAACUCGCUCCAUUCUGGACUCAAAGAGAUUAUCACAAACCUGUUCGUCUCGACCAUGGAGAAAGUAAAAGGACUUCUUCAGGAUCUACUGAUUUUCCUCCAAUCAGACUGGUCUUUCAACCUGAAAGCUGAUCCCAAAGGUGCUGCUUGCGUCGAAAGUAUUCGUGAGAAUUUGUUGGUAGGAUUUUUGCGGCACAUUUGCAGCACUAUGAAUGCCUUCGGAAACCUCAACUCAUCCAGCCCGCCAACUCUGUUGCUAAUCCUUUCAAAGGUGUGCUUGGAAAUGGACAAAAGUGGCGUCCACGUUCUAAUCUCCCUAGUGGACGAGUUGUACGAUAUCGAUUCUGAAAACAGCACCACCUUGGUGCACGAAACGGAGCUUUGCUCGGAGAUGCGGGACUCGGCUCAGCACCUGCUUGACUCGUACGUUCGUUUGCAGGGACUCAACCUGUCACAAAUGCUACGAAAGAGUGUCGAAACACGCGACUGGCUCAACUGUCUGGAGCCUCGUUCGGUUCGAGCGGUCAUGAAGCGGGUCGUGGAAGAGUUAUCCGCCAUUGAUAUCGUUCUCGGAGAACUAUACGACACCAAUGAACUGCGCACGGCAGCUAGUAGCGAUUCCAGCCGGAAAACGCACUUCAGCUUGACCGCGUCGAAGCAGUCGCAGUAUCAUCGGUCCACGUGGUCAACGUACACGCCGUCGCAGAUGGACAGUAGCUUUGUGUCCAACAUCCAUCGCCUUUUUUCGGAGAAGAUUGAAAUCUUUAGCUCGGUUGAGUUUUCCAAGGUGUCUAUCAUAACCGGGAUUAUUAAGAUCUGUUUGAAGACGCUGCUCGAGUGCGUCCGGUUGAGAACGUUCAGCAAGUACGGGCUACAACAAAUUCAGGUCGAUGCCCACUAUCUGCAGAUGAACCUGUGGAGGUUUGUGUCGGAUGAGAAUCUAAUUCAUGUUCUACUGGAUGAAAUAUUGGGAUCUGCAGUUUUGCGGUGUUUGGAGCCGAUCCUAAUGGAGCCCAAUGCGGUUGAAAUCAUCUGUGAAAGAAACUAGGUAGGUUGAUAAACAUUCCAUAUUAUUCGUACUUAUUUAAAUAUAGAAAACACUAGUAAUCGAAACAUUGUGCAAAACUAAGAAA